AUGAGUCAGGAUGACAACACACAGUAUUCAGGAUUGGCUUUAAUGUUAGCCUCGGAAUACUUCACAGAUCAUCAGAAUAAAGAUGUCCGUCUAUUAGUAGCGUGUUGUAUAGCCGAUGUUUUCCGUGUCUUCGCUCCCGAGGCUCCGUUCAAUGAUAAUGACCAGUUAAAGGAUAUAUUUAUGUUUUUGAUUAAACAAUUACGUGGUUUAGAAGAUCCAGAAUCUCCUUCAUUUAAAAGAUAUUUUUAUUUAUUAGAGAAUUUAGCUUGGGUGAAAUCAUUUAAUAUUUGUAUUGAAUUAGAAGAUAAUCAGGAUAUAUUCCGAUCAUUGUUCAAGCUCAUGUUUUCUAUUGUUAGUGAGAAACAUUCAAGUAAAGUCAAGAAUUUUAUGUUAGAUAUGAUGUGUCCAUUAAUAUCAGAGUCUGAUACAGUAUCACCUGAAUUAUUAGAUACUAUAUUAAUUAAUGUUGUGGAACCUCAAAAGUCUCAAAAUAAAUGUGCAUAUGAUUUAGCAAGAGAAUUAUUAAAAAGAACAAGUAAUGCUAUAGAACCUUACAUACAAGCAUUUUUCAACAACACACUGAUGUUGGGUAAAACGUCCAAAAGUGAUGUAUCAAAUCAUUUAUAUGAUUUAAUUUACGAAUUAAACCAAAUAUCACCUAAUGUUUUAUUAGCUGUUUUACCACAGUUAGAGUUCAAAUUGAAGGUAAGUUUGAGUUGUAUCUGA